GUUCUCAUUCAGCAGCGAUUAGAGUGAAGAAACGUGAUGUCUGGAAGAGGCAAAGGAGGUAAAGGCCUGGGAAAAGGCGGAGCGAAGCGGCACCGCAAAGUGCUCCGUGAUAACAUCCAGGGAAUCACCAAACCAGCCAUCCGGCGCCUGGCUCGCCGUGGCGGGGUCAAGCGCAUCUCGGGCUUGAUCUACGAGGAGACCCGCGGGGUGCUGAAGGUUUUCCUGGAGAAUGUGAUCAGGGAUGCGGUCACCUACACUGAGCACGCCAAGCGCAAAACGGUCACUGCCAUGGAUGUGGUGUACGCUCUGAAACGCCAGGGCCGCACUCUCUAUGGUUUUGGCGGCUGAGCAUAAAGCGACCCU